UCCAUACGUCAUGGCUUACCGUUUUGCCCUAAGCUGCUUCCUUCUGGCUAGCGUUGGCAUCUGCACCGCGACUUUUGGUGGACAUGAACAUGUUCAUAUUCGAGUGCAUAUACCUGAAGAGCAUCAUGACGACCACGGACACGGAGGCGGCGGGGGUGGCGGAGGCGGCGGGUAUGGAGGCCACGGCGGAGGAUUAGCUGACCAUCUUCACGGAGGCUUUGUUGACCAUCUGAAGGAGCAUGAUCAUGGAGGAGGUGGCUUCGGAGGUGGAUUCGGCGGCGGAUUCGGAGGUGGACAUGGAGGAGGUGGAGGUGGCCAUGACUUCGGCGGUGGCCAUGACUUCGGUGGGGGCCACGACUUUGGCGGUGGUCAUGACUUUGGCGGUGGUGGCGGCGGCGGUUAUGGUGGAGGCCAUGACGGCGGGUUUGGAGGAGGUCAUGAUUUCGGCGGUGGCCAUGGACGCGGUGGCGGCGGUGGUUUUGACGGAGGCCACGAAAUCGGUGGUGGCCAUGACUUAGGAGGCCAUGGAGGUUACGAUCUUGGCGGAGGCGGCGGUCAUGGCGGUGGUUUUGGAGGAGGAUUUGGCGGAGGUCAUGGCGGCGGAUUUGGCGGAGGCCACGAUAUCGGCGGUGGCCAUGACAUAGGAGGUCAUGGAGGUUACGACCUUGGUGGAGGUGGCGGACAUGGCGGUGGUUUUGGAGGAGGAUUCGGCGGAGGUCAUGGCGGUGGUUUUGGCGGAGGUUUUGGUGGGGGCCAUGGUGACGAUAUAGGCGGAGGACAUGACUCAGGAUUUGGCGGUGGUUUCGGCGGUGGUCACGGAGGAGGUUUUGGCGGAUAUGGAGGCGGUCACGAUGAACACAGUGGUGGUUCUAGCCACAGCUUUUCUGGUGGCGACAGUUAUGCUUCUUCUUUGUCCGGAGGUCACGGGUUGGGUGGAUUCGGCGACGGGGGCCAUGGCGGAAGUUUCGGAGGAGGCCACGGCGGUGGCUUUGGAGGAGGCCAUGGAGGAGGUUUUGGAGGAGGCCAUGGUGGAGGUCUUGGAGGAGGCCACGGAGUCGAUACUUAUGCUAUAGUGAGCGUAGAAAACCACGGAGGCGGAGGCGGUGGAGGUGGCCAUGGGGGAUACUCAGGGGGAGGCGGCGGUGGCGGAUUCGGCGGUGGUCACGGAUCUGGAGGCUUUGGCGGUGGACACGGAGACAGUUAUAGCAUAGGGGGAUCCGGCGGUCAUGGUGGAGGUCAUGGUGGAUUCAGUCUAUCAGACUUGGGCCAUGGAAGCCACGGAGGAGGCUUCGGUGACAGCUAUACGAACGCGUUAGGAUCUGGCCACGGCGGGGGUCCCUACCACAAAAGAAAAUGAAUACUUCAAAAAAUAUA